AUGCCAGAAUUUGCGGCGAGCAUUUUAAAAACGGUAGACAUGAGUUUCCAAAUGAAUUGCCUUUAUGGCAGUUUCCACCAGAAAAUCACUGUAAAAAGAGGAAAGCUCCUACUGUUCGAGGGCCUAUUCCUAAACCUAAGCCAAGAAAAUUUUAAGACAUAUAAAGAAAGAUUACUGAAAAAGAGGUUGGAGAAAAACCAAGUUGAUUUUGAUAAUUUGAAAGAGCAAUUACAUGACCUGGAAGAAAAAUUAGCCGGUGAAAAAGACAAAGAAAAAGAAAUGAACGAGAAAUUAAGAAAAUAUGUACAUGAAAGUGAAGUUUUGCAAAAUAAACUUAACAGCAGUUUGGCUAUGAGAAAUUCAUAA